AUGUGCAAAGAUGUAGAGGAACUUUUUAGAAUGAGAGCAUUGGCAGAGGAAAAGUAUGGGAAAGAGUUGGUGAACAUUUCAAGAAAGGCUGAAGGAUAUACAGAGAUUGGAACUCUCAGAGCAUCUAUGGAACAACUUAAAACACAAAUUGACAACAUUGGUAACUUUCAUCUUCAACUUGCUGAAAUUUUGAAAGAGGAGGUGAAAAAGAUUGAGACAUUCAGAGAGCGGCAGAAAGAGCAGAGGAAAAAGUUUCAAAGCAUCAUGGAGAAAGUUCAUAAGAAAACAAAUGCUUCAUUCAGAAAGACAAUGGAGUCCAAAAGGCUCUAUGAGCUCAGGUGCAAAGAAGCUGAUGAAGCGGAAAGAAAUGCUGAACAAAUGACAAAUGCUGGCAAAAAUACAGAGAAGGUUCGUCACAAAGUAAUACACUUGAGACAAGCAGCUCUUGAUUCUGAGAAAGUUUAUUUCAAAAACAUUGUGCACUUGGAGUCAGUUCGACAGGACUGGGAAGAAACGCACAGAAGCGCUUGUGAGGUAUUCCAGCAGUUGGAUGGAGACCACAUCAGCACUCUCAGGUGUGCUCUGUGGGACCACUGCAAUCACUUUUCUGCACAGUGUGUCAAAGACGAUGAUUUGUAUGAGAUGGUUAGAAAGCGUCUUGAAGAGUGUGACGUCACUAAAGAUUUAAACACCUUUAUUGAGCUGAAAAGUACAGGUUGGGCGCCCCCUGGACCAGUGGUUUUUGACUCAAACCCUGCAGGCAUUGGUAGAGAUAGAAACGGAAUCUCAAAUGCACAUUUAGACGGAGGAGAAAAGCCUGAUACACCUGCAACAUCAAGAUGUUUCUUUAGGAGCAGUAAGCCGUUGCUUGCCAGCGCAGCCACGACGGAAAGCGCUCGAAACUCUAGGUCAACACUGACAUCCAGCGGUGAAAUCGACACAGAAAACGGAGGCUAUGCUCCAUUACCUGAAUUUGAACAAAACACAACAUUAGCAAUUUCCUCUCCAGAUACAGACAAGUGGACAGUGCUGUAUACCUAUAUUGCACAGGAAGCCGAUGAGUUAACCAUCAGCAGAGGAGAUGUAGUCCAAGUGUUGGAACGAGGAGAGGAUGGCUGGUGGACAGUGGAUAGAGAUGGACAGUGUGGACUGGUACCAGGAAACUAUCUGGAUCAAAUCUGA